UUUUUCUUUAAAAAAGUAUGGAGGACCAGUUUAGCUCUUAGCUGCCUGUGAAUGUAUCACAUGUAGGCCGGUUAAACUUCUACGUGUUUCCUUCUCUUGACAGUUCUUGCCCACAGACGUUUCAAUAAGUUACAGUUCACACAUGUGUUUCAUUUCUCCGUUCAUACAUGUGUUUUGUUUAUACACACAGAAGCAAAUGUUUGUUGUUUUCACCGGGAGCUGCCCCAGCUCGUGAUUGGAGGACUGCGUGCCACGUGCACAUUUCUUUACUAUGCCACACGAGCACAUUUUGAGUACUGACAGGUUACUCUGCUGGGCAGCUGAGGAGUCUCGUAAAGAUUUCGACUGCAGCUGCUGAGAAGCCUUUUGGAGCGUAAAUAGCUGCUGUUGAGACUUUUUAAUGAAUUAAUUUUGGGACUGCUGUUUAACAACCACGAUGGCUUUGAGUUCAUUCGACAUCGACGCACCACAAUGGGAUCAGUCCACGUUUAUGGGCCGACUGAAACACUUCUUCAACAUCACAGACUGUCGAACGGCGAUCUUGCCUGACUCACGUCUGGAUGAGGCCAAAGCUUUAGUAGAAAGCUGCAGGGCAGGAUCCGUUCCCCCCGGCACCACAGAGGAGCAGCUCCACUAUGCUAAGAAGCUGUACGACUCGGCCUUCCACCCGGACACCGGAGACCGCAUGAACAUCAUCGGCCGAAUGUCCUUCCAGGUCCCCGGAGGCAUGGCCAUCACCGGCUUCAUGCUGCAGUUCUACAGGACAGUUCCUGCUGUGGUGUUCUGGCAGUGGGUGAAUCAGUCCUUCAAUGCUCUGGUCAACUACACCAACCGCAACGCUGCCUCACCCAUCACUCCAAAGCAGAUCGGAGUAGCCUACGUUACAGCAACCAGCACAGCUUUAGCAACAGCAGUCGGACUCAACCUCUACACAAAGAAAGCUCCUCCUCUCAUCGCUCGCUGGGUUCCUUUUGCAGCGGUGGCCGCAGCCAACUGUGUUAACAUUCCCAUGAUGAGGCAACAAGAAAUCCUGAACGGCAUUGCUGUCACAGAUGAAAACGGCAACAAACUGGGCCACUCUAAGAAAGCUGCAAUAAAAGGCAUCACGCAGGUGGUCGUCUCACGGAUCACCAUGGCCGCACCAGGAAUGAUCAUCCUUCCCAUCAUCAUGCAGAGGCUGGAAAAAUACAAGUUCAUGCAGAGAAUCACGUAUCUCCACGGACCAAUUCAAGUGAUGAUGGUGGGAGUGUUUUUGAUCUUCAUGGUGCCGGCUGCCUGCUCGCUGUUCCCUCAGAGAUGCUCUAUGGCUGUGUCGAAGCUGGAGCCCGAGCUGAGAGACUCCAUCAUGACUCAGUACGGAGACGGCGUACAACGUGUCUACUUCAACAAAGGCCUCUGAGGCUCAUUAGUAUUAAUCUAGUCAAUACACACAGAGUGAAUACAUACGUGUUUAUGUAGUUUGUCUUUAUUUUUCUAGUUGUCAGUUAUGAGGGGUGAUAAUGAAAUGCUCAUUCCCAAAUCGGUGCUUAACGGGAACUAGUUGUGGGACGUUUGAUUAAUCAUGUCACACUUUAUUUUUUAUCAGCUCGUCUCUUUUUGGCUCUAAAUUUCUAUUUUCUGAUUUCUUAUAAUGAAGCAGAUACGAAGGGCAUUAUGAAAUCCUGUUGAGAAACCAAAUGAUCUUUUCUCAGGAACUGUGCUUUAGUUUGCCACAUUAAAACUCUUUUUUUUCUGUGUUACUUCAUGGUUUGUUUGGCUCAUCUGCAGCUGUUUUACUGUUUCAACUCUCUGUAAUGGUGCUGUUUUCUGUCUGCAAAGCUCCCUUUUCAAUCUGUGCCUUCUACUAAGUGGCAGGGGCAACAACACUGCUGGUUUUUCUGUUUUUUUUUUGGAUUUUUUUUUUAAACUGAUGUUAAAACCAGAAGCUACUUCUAUGCACGGUUUACAGGAAGUGACAUUUAUGAGCGUGGAUGAACAGUCUGAAACGGUGAUUGAGUGAGAGGCUGACGUGUGAUUAAAGGUGGAGGAUACCGCCCUCUUCUGCCAGAAUCGAGGUAGAGGUCUUGAGACUCGUGUGCGUGAUUUAUCUUGAGAGGUUUGAAUCAUUUCAGUGUGUAAAACUCAGAUUUGUGCCACAGUCGUCAGGAUGAGAUGGAAUAAAACCACACAAAUAUUCGAAAAUCAGAA